AAUGCCCUUCCAAUUGAUGUUCAUAUGACCGUUAAGAAGGGGUUUCUCACAACCGUGGCGCAAAAAUGCAACACUCUAAUCAAACUCAAGCAGCUACACGCUCACAUUCUCCGAUGCCGCUACAACCACGCGCCGUAUGCCCUCGCGCCGCUUCUCUCCGCCGCAGCCACCUCCAGCGACGCGUCGUUUUUCCCCUACGCUCGCUCCAUCUUCCGCCACCUCACCCACCGUAACACCUUCAUGUGCAACACCAUGAUUAGAGGCUACCUCCAAGCGCGUUUACCCCUCCUAGCUGUGUCCUGCUACUUGUCCAUGCUCCAAAACGGCGUUGCCGUUAACAACUACACAUUCCCACCUUUGGUCAAAGCUUGCAUUGCGCUUCUUCCUUCUUCGAACGUCGUUGGCCGUUUGGUGCACGGCCACGUCGUUAUGUUCGGGUUCCGCGACGACCCUUACGUCGUGAGUGCGUUUAUCGAGUUCUACUCUGUUUCUCGUGAGGUGGAACAUGCACGGGUAUUGUUUGAUAAAACGACAAAGAAAGAUGUGGUGUUGGGGACAGCGAUGGUUGACGGUUAUGGUAAAAUGGGGAAUGUGGAAAAGGCUAGAGAAGUGUUUGAGAAAAUGCCUAACAGAAACGCUGUAUCGUGGAGUGCCAUGAUUGCAGCGUAUUCUCGAGUUAGUGACUUCAAGGAAGUGCUGGCUUUGUUUGCAGAGAUGCAAAAAGAGGGUACAAAGCCGAAUGAUUCCGUCCUUGUCUCGGUCCUCACUGCGUGUGCUCAUCUUGGUGCAUUCGCACAGGGACUGUGGGUGCAUUCCUAUGCCAAGAGAUUCCAACUUGACUCCAAUCCAAUUUUGGCAACGGCUUUGGUGGACAUGUAUUCGAAAUGUGGAUGCGUAGAAUCUGCUUUAUCUGUUUUUCAGAGCAUUGCUGAUAAGGAUGCCGGUGCGUGGAAUGCUAUGAUUUGUGGUGUUGCCUUGAAUGGUGAUGCAGAGAAAUCGCUCGAGUUGUUUUAUCAAAUGGCUGCUUCUGGGACUAAGCCGAAUGAGACUACAUUUGUGGCUGUCCUCACUGCUUGCACUCAUGCAAAGAUGGUUCAGCAAGGCCUUUGGUUGUUUGAAGAAAUGAGUAGCUCUUAUGGAGUUGUCCCAAAAAGGGAGCACUGUGCUUGUGUUGUUGACCUUCUGUCAAGAGCUGGCAUGGUAGAGGAGGCUGAGAAAUUUAUUGAGGAGAAUAUGGGUGGACUUGCAGCCAGUGAUGCUAACGUGUGGGGUGCUCUUCUAAAUGCAUGUAGAAUUCAUAAAAAUAUUCGUGUUGGGAAUAGGGUAUGGAAAAAAUUGCUUGAUAUGGGGAUCUCUGACUGCGGCACUCAUGUUCUUACUUACAAUAUAUAUAGAGAAGCUGGGAGGGACGCAGACGCGAAACAAGUUAGGAGUAGGAUUGAAGAAAUAGGGAUGAGAAAGAAGCCCGGAUGCAGCAUAAUAGAGGUGGAUAAUGAAGUUGAAGAGUUUCUUGCAGGUGAUCAUUCUCAUCCACAAGCGCAGGAAAUGUGCAGAUUACUGGAUUCCAUCCUCAAGAUGGGGAUUUUAUAGCACUUCUGAUGGGUUAGCUCCACGAGGAAAAAAGAAGAGCAAAAGAAAGAAAGGAAAGGACACACAGAAUAUACUGAAGUUAACAUAUCAUCGCAUAAAGAAUUUGGAGAAUAUUUUACAGUGGCUUAUUUCAGUUUCUGCCUAGCAAGCAUCUUGCCCACGUAUUACAUAAUUGAUGGUUACAACAGUUGCAUCGAUGACUUGUCAUUCCUUACAGUUUUAAUAAAUCGUGUGAACUGCUGAUACAUAGUGACUCCUUUUAAAAUUUCUCUGUAGAACCAUCAAGUCAAAGGUAGCCAUUUCUGUUUUCCCUGCUGUUUAUUCCUCACAGCAUCCUCCAGGCGUCAAAUGAUAAAUGAAUUGUUCGCCUCUCAGCUGUUCGGUGAUGGAAAUGCUGCAAUGAACGUCGUAGGCAUUCCAAGGUGUCAAGAACACUGAUUUGCCUGAAAAUUUUCCGCUGAUAAUAAACCACUGAUAAGGCGUCCAAGCCUUUCAGCUCCAGGCCCUGGCCUAAGCUCGGUGAUAUUUACUAUCCCAGAAUAUUGGUCAAUGGUGCUUGAAUUCGUUUGAGUGAACCACUUACCGGGCACGUAACCAUCUGCAUUUCUUCCCAAGAGUUCCUUAUCAAUCUUAUCCAAGACUGGUUCGUUCCUGCCAAAUUUCCUAGCAAAAGGAGCAUUGCUAUCCACCAUUCUCUGGUAAUCAUUAUCUGUAAGAAAAUGGGGAUGUUGUUUUGGAGGGUUGUCCCAUGAUAUGAAGUGGAGGUCAUGAUUAACAGUAGUGUUUCGAAACUCCUCUGCAUUGCAGAUGACUGUGUGAAAAUACCCUUCUGGGGAAGACAGAAAGUUGGCAUAGUACAUCAAGACUAUUCUGGGUAAGUUAUCCCAACCCCAUAUACAGUAUUCAGUAAAUGGGCGAGAGAGCAUCAUCCAGGCAGAACCUGAGCAAAAUCAAGAAUCAAAUUUUAACAACUCCCAUGACAUGAAAUUGAGACAACCAAUUUCUAGUUACUUUGUUUAAUUUUAAGUCUCUUUUUUGUUAUGGACAGUUAUCUCAGAUUCCAGUAAACUGUGAUCUCAUGUACCAAAUUAGUCGUACAUGUCUUCAUAUUUAGAAAAAAAAGAGAAACUGUGAAGCGGCACGACUUUGAGCAUUUGUAAUUAUGCCUAAUUAUGAAUUAAAGGAUAUAAGGAUUGGAAGCUCAGAAAUGAUGCUUGCCAACCAGCAUUGGAAA